GGGAACAGUACAUUUUGCGCAAAAACUAUUUAUUAUAAUUUAAUAGUUAGUUUUAAUACGGCUCCCAAAGUAUGAGGCGACGCGAUGAUAAAUUUCCUGACAAUGGCUUCGAAGCCUGGGGCGGUUACAUGAACGCGAAAAUUUCCAAAUUGGAAGAGCAGUUUUCCUCCAGAGUGGGCAGUGAACAAGAGAAAUUGUCGGAUAUAUUCAGUGGGGUAAGCAUAUUUGUUAAUGGAUACACAAUUCCCUCUGCAGACGAACUGAAAACUCUUAUGGCAAAGCAUGGCGGCGUUUAUCACACUUACCAGCGUAGUGAUGAUUUUAUUAUAGCAUCAAAUUUACCCGACACUAAAGUAAAAAAUAUGUCGUUAGUCAAAGUAGUUAGGCCAGAAUGGAUUACAGACAGUAUUACUGCCAAUAAGCUGCUGAAUUAUAGAGAUUACUUACUGUAUGGGAACUCCAGAUUGCAACCUCGACUUAACUUUGCUAAAGUCAAAAGUGAUACUGAUGUUGAUAGCAAGCCACCAACAAGUAUGCCGGAGAGCACUGUCAGUAAAAGUAAUAGUGAGAAGUUAGAUGAUGUUCCAAAUGUUGUUAACACUAAGCCGAUAAAUAAUGUAUCAGAAGAUUUGCCCAAGAGGACAGACCACUCAACAAAAACAGCAGCAGAUCCUAAUUUUAUUUCAGAAUUUUAUAAUAAUUCUCGUUUACAUCAUAUUUCACAACUCGGAGCAUGCUUUAAACAACAUGUAAAUGAUCUAAGAGAGACCAGCAAUUUUGAAUUUCCUGCUCGAACACAGUUAAAGGAGAAAGUUCUUGCAUUAAAUAAUGCCAACUGUCUAUCACAAGUAAUAUUUGAGGGUGGAAAAACAAUCAUGCAUAUAGAUAUGGACUGUUUCUUUGUAUCAGUAGGGUUACGAAAAAGACCGGAGCUGCGAGGGAAGCCUGUGGCUGUCACACAUUCCAAGGGCGGACAAGGCAGACCCAAAAGGGCAGGAGUAGACAGGGAUACUGAAUUCAAUUUAUACAGAGAAAAGCAAGCUAAAAAAUUAGAAAAAGCCACUGGUAUAAAUGAAGAUAUCAAAUUGGAGACUAGAGUAGAUGCCAUUGGAGAUGAGGAUGACAAAUAUGGGUCUAUGAGUGAAAUAGCGUCAUGUUCAUAUGAGGCUCGAGCAAAGGGCAUUAGCAAUGGUAUGUUCAUGGGUGCAGCUUUAAGAUUAUGCCCAGACAUACAAACCAUUCCGUAUGAUUUUGAUGGAUAUAAAGAAGUCGCUUACACAUUAUACAACACCGUUGCUCAAUACACUCUUAACAUUGAGGCAGUGUCUUGUGAUGAAAUGUAUGUUGAUUGUAGUGAGCUAUUGAAGGAUUUAGAUAUUACUGUUCAAGACUUUGCAACUAUAUUGAGAGAAGAAAUAAGGACUAAAACCGGGUGUCCUUGUUCAACUGGAUUUGGAGGUAACCGCUUGCAGGCUAGGUUAGCAACAAAGCGAGCAAAACCAGAUGGUCAGUUCUUCCUGUCUGCAGAUCUUGUUGAAGAUUUCAUUUUUGACAUUAAGCUGAGGGAUCUACCUGGGGUGGGGAGGCAAACUGCUUCAAAAUUGGAGUCUCUUGGUCAUCAGACUUGUGGCUCCUUACAGAAUCUCAGUUUAGCGUCUCUGCAACAACACUUGGGUAUCAAAACAGGCCUUCAGUUGUAUGAUCAGUGUAGAGGUCGAGAUAAUAAUCCCCUAACAUUCCAUACAGUGAGAAAAUCUGUAUCAGCUGAAGUUAACUAUGGAAUUAGAUUUGAGAAUAAUGAGCAAUGCAUAGAAUUUUUAAAACAAUUGUCAGCUGAAGUCCACACAAGAAUGGUACAAUUUAAAGUUGUGGGAAAAUGUAUCACUCUAAAACUUAUGGUAAGAGAUGAAAAAGCACCAGUAGAAACUGCAAAAUUUAUGGGGCAUGGGUUUUGCAAUGUUAUAAACAAGUCAACUUCUUUACUCAAUGCUACAAACGAUGUGGAAAUCAUAACUAGAGAAAUAAUAUCUCUUUGUAACAAACAGAAGAUAGACCCUAAAGAAAUGAGAGGUAUAGGGAUACAGGUCACUAAAUUAGAAUCUCUAGCAAAUAAGGGUCAAACAAAAGGAGCUAUGAGCAAAUUCCUUGUCAAUACGAAUUCAAUCAAACCUGAAAGUAAAAAUACGGCAAAUCUUCCUGAAAUUGUGAUUAAAGUAAAACCUGAGCCAGUUCCAAAGCCAACAACACCCAAAAAAACAAAAGCACAAUCUCCCAAAAAAUCUCCAGUGAUAGGUUCCAAUAAAAGUUCCCCUGUCGCCUCUGGGAAAAGGCGAGGUAGACCUCCCAAAAAUCUAUCUUUAAGAACACAGGUCUCAACUUCAAAAAAUCUUAUGAGUAAAUUUUUACAUGGACAGAGUAACUACAACCCCCCAUACAAACCACCUAUACCUGUGCAGACUGUAGUUAAACAAGAAAAACAGGAAGUUAAAAAAGAAACUAAAGAAGUUAAGAAAGUAUCUUCUCCUAAUCAGGGUUUACUAGAUCUCCCAUGGGACAAAGUAAGAGAACUACUAAGAGCAUGGCUUGAGAGCGGCCAAACUCCCAUACCUUACGAUAUUAAUUUGAUCGUCACAUAUAUGCGAGAAAUGGUUAUCAACAAGAACAUAGACAAGUUAAACAUACUUUUGAACUUUCUGAGGAGAAGAAUUCGCGAAAUGAAUAGCAGCAGUUGGAUGGAUGUGUAUGAGAAUAUAAUGGAACAAGUCCAGAACGCGAUGGUCGCUGUUUAUGGCAAAAAGCUGUGGGUUGGUAAUUAACGGUUUAAAUUGUUGACAAGCGUGAUGAUAAUGAGCCAAUGAUAACUGCCAGUAUCAAGACAAUGUCUUC